GAAUUCCUAACAGCAGACAUACUAGUAGAAAUCCGAUUAGGAAUCCACGCCAUUUCUUCCAGCAGACGCACGUUUCUUCCUUUAGCAGACGCCGGCAGCCUCAUGAAGCCUUGCCGUAGGUUCCGUCUACUGCGUGGUUUCUUUCGUAGCAGCCUCCUGAAGCCUUGGAUUAUUUGUAUUGCAAUUGGGAACAUAAGACGUUUGAUGGUGGAAGGUCUGAAGGUCAUGGCACAGGUGAAAGGGGCGGAGGGGUGGCAAAGGUGCAGUGGAAGAGGUGCUACAAGUGGUAGUGGUACAACAAUAAGAUUUGACGAAUGAGUAGAAUAAAUGAAUUACGUAGCAUAUUGGGUUUUAAAAAUAAUUCUAUAAUAUGGGUAGAAAGAACUUGAUUAGCAUUUUGAGCUACUUGUAGUUUAAUUUGUUAUCUUGGAAGGGAUAUUUUGUUGUUUGUGAAGGGGUGUUUUGUUUUUUGCAACUCAUUAGUUAAGAGCUAAUUUUUUGCAUGUAAACUGUCAGCUACCUAUUAUUGUGGAUGGUUUGAGCUCAUUUGUGUAAUUAAACUCAUUAGGCAUG